GUGACGAUAUUGAUGAUAGUGACGAUAUCGACCGUGACCUUGAUACGGAGCUGGAGCUUCUAACUAUGAUGAAUGCGCUAACUAUGGAUAUGAUGCCGGAAAUAGACCGAUUUUAUAUCACCCUUCAAUUCGAAUUAGCAAAAGCAAUGUCUCCUUGCAUAAUAUGGAUUCCAAACAUUCAUGAUCUGGAUGUGAAUGAGUUGAAUUACUUAUCCCUCGGUCUAUUAGUGAACUAUCUCUCCAGGGAUUGUGAAAGAUGUUCCACUAGAAAUAUUCUUGUUAUUGCUUCGACUCAUAUUCCCCAAAAAGUGGAUCCCGCUCUAAUAGCUCCGAAUAAAUUAAAUACAUGCAUUAAGAUACGAAGGCUUCUUAUUCCACAACAACGAAAGCACUUUUUCACUCUUUCAUAUACUAGGGGAUUUCACUUGGAAAAGAGAAUGUUCCAUACUAAUGGACUCGGGUGCAUAACCAUAACUAUGGGUUCCAAUGUACGAGAUCUUGUAGCACUUACCAAUGAGGCCCUAUCGAUUAGUAUUAUACAAAAGAAAUCCAUUAUAGACACUAAUAUAAUUAGAUCUGCUCUUCAUAGACAAACUUGGGAUUUGCGAUCCCAGGUAAGAUCGGUUCAGGAUCAUGGGAUCCUUUUCUAUCAGAUAGGAAGGGCUAUCUCAAAAAAUGUACUUCUAAGUAAUUGCUCCAUAGAUCCUAUAUCUAUCUAUAUGAAGAAGAAAUCUUGUAACGAGGGGGAUUCUUAUUUGUACAAAUGGUACUUCGAACUUGGAACGAGCAUGAAGGAAUUAACGAUACUUCUUUAUCUUUUGAGUUGUUCUGCCGGAUCGGUCGCUCAAGACCUUUGGUCUCUACCCGGACCUGAUGAAAAAAAUGGGAUCACUUCUUAUGGACUCGUUGAGAAUGAUUCUGAUCUAGUUCAUGGCCUAUUAGAAGUAGAAGGCGCUCUGGUGGGAUCCUCACGGACAGAAAAAGGUUGCAGUCAGUUUGAUAAUGAUCGAGUGACAUUGCUUCUUCGGUCCGAACCAAGGAAUCCCUUAAAUAUGAUUCAAAAAGGAUCUUGUUUUAUCGUUGAUCAGAGAUUUCUCUAUGAAAAAUAUGAAUCGGAGUUUGAAGAAGGGGAAGGAGUCCUCGACCCGCAACAGAUGGAGGAGGAUUUAUUCAAUCACAUAGUUUGGGCUCCUAGAAUAUGGCGCCCUUGGGGCUUUCUAUUUAAUUGUAUCGAAAGGCCCAAUGAAUUGGGAUUUCCCUAUUGGGCCAGGUCAUUUCGGGGCAAGCGGAUCAUUUAUGAGGAAGAGGAUGAGCUUCAAGAGAAUGAUUCGGAGUUCUUGCAGGGUGGAACCAUGCAGUACCAGACACGAGAUAGAUCUUCCAAAGAACAAGGCUUUUUUCAAAUAAGCCAAUUCAUUUGGGACCCUGCGGAUCCACUCUUUUUCCUAUUGAAAGAUCAGCCUUUUGUCUCUGUCUCUGUGUUUUCACAUCGACAAUUCUUUGCAGAUGAAGAGAUGUCAAAGGGGCUUCUUACUUCCCAAACAGAUCUUCCUACAUCUAUAUAUAAACGCUGGUUUAUCAAGAAUACGCAAGAAAAGCAUUUCGAAUUGUUGAUUCAUCGCCAGAGAUGGCUUAGAACCAAUAGUUCAUUAUCUAAUGGAUUUUUCCGUUCUAAUACUAUAUCCGAGAGUUAUCAAUAUUUAUCAAAUAUGUUCCUAUCUAACGGAACGCUAUUGGAUCAAAUGACAAAGACAUUGUUGAGAAAAAGAUGGCUUUUCCCGGAUGAAAUGGUUGUUGCUAUCUGCUCCAAUAACGAAUCAUUGGUUUAACUGAAUAACUAAAUCAAAUAGAUAGACCUUUCUUUCUCUUUGUCUCAGGUCGAUAGCUCUUCUCAAUUGAAAGAUACCCUAUAU